AUGCCUUGUGAAUGUGAUCGAAAAACGAAACGUAAUUAUUACAGAUAUUAUGAUACCCCGGAUGGAUGUGACGUAAUGAAAAAGACGCUGGUGACCACCCGUUACGGAGUCAUAACAGGAUUGAUUAUGUCCACAUAUGAUGUACUGAUGUACUCUCAAGCGGUCGGCUUCAAGGCAGUUAUGAAACGGUACAUGUUGCAUACGAUACCUCUCGGCCUGAUGGGUGCUACUUUCGCUCUGGUCGCCAAUGGAGCGCAGAUACUUAGAGAAAAGGAUGACAGACUGAAUUAUUUCUUGGGUGGUCUAGCCUGCGGUCCAAUUUUAGGGCCAUACAUCGGUUCGUACCACGCCGUUCUUCUGGGAGGAAUAUUUCUAGGAGUUGUCGGUAUGGUAAAGAAAGACGGCGUCGACUGCGGUCACGUGUUCAUUCCUGAUGUACCCAAUCACAUGAACACGAUUAGGAGCUGGAGACAUGAUUUUACUCUACGCAAAGAUCCGCUUGACGAUUUAAAACAUACAUGCGGGAAGUAA